AUGGCAGUCACCAAGAACAAGCACCUUAUGAAAGGUGACAAAAGGAAGCCAAGAAGAAAAGUGGUUGACCCACAUUCUAAGAAAGAUUGGUAUGAUGUGAAAGCACCAGCUAUGUUCAACGUAAGAAAUAUUGGGAAAACACUAGUCAAGAGAACUCAAGGAACCAAAAUCACAUCUGAUGGCCUCAAGGUCAUGUGUUUGAAGUGA